AUGCGCAGUGAUUGCCAAACUGUACAAUAUUGCUAGACUACAACCCCAGACGCAUGCCGAACAUAUGCGAGUGCUAAAAUCAAUAAUUUUCACAACAGCAGCCAAGAAAACAGCACAAAAACUCGUGCUACGCAUUAAUUUAUUUUAAAACUAGCAAUAAACAAUAAUUAAUGUAAAAUUGCACAAUUGUAGCGCAAGCAAUACUGUAACGGCUGCAGUUUGAAUAUGUAAACAUCGCUUUUGGAUAAACAGUUAAGCAAAGUAGACACAAGAAGACUUCCAAGGCCAAGGCGUGCACCAUGGCCAAAACACCCAUUGAUCCCUCCGGCUUGGGCUAUGCCUAUCACCUGCCCACUGGUGGGCUGCUGCUGCGCCUCAAGAACUCCUUGUCGCAGUUCAGUGAUUUGUUUAGCGAAUUUAAUAAAUAUAUAUCGCCCGCCUUUUUUCACGAUCGCUGCGAAAGAUCCGUACACAUGCGCAUGUAUUCCAUGCACAAGCGUGAGUUUGUCAUGGUGUUCCUAGGAUUCUUCACCUGCUUUGGAUUGGGCAUCAUUAUUGGCUUGACCGGUCCGCCCAUAACCAACACAGAUGCACUUACGUCUAAGCAGAUAUUGGCAAACACUAGUCUGGCGCAAAGCAAAACGGUGCUGGCCACAGGACCAUUUGCGAUGAAGUCGCCACUGAUGACCACCUACUCCCAGCAGCUGUGGCUCAUAGCCAAACUGGUUACUGCUAAUAACGAUGAUGAGCGCUACGACAAGAGUUUUCAAAUUAGCGUCACCAUCGACGGCAUCAGCGAGCAGCACAAGCCAUUGAGCAUUCUUGGAGCCGGCACAGCUCACAAUCGCACGCGCCACUUGGUCUGUGAGCGCAAUGAUUGCGAGGAAUUCACUGUGAUGCAUUUGGGUUUUCUGGACUAUGCGCAUUAUAUUAUAACGGUGCGCUUUGCGGGUCUGGAAUCGUUUCAUCAAAAGUACAAUAUACGCGGCAUUACCUUCUACUUUAAAACCUACAGCCCUGAGUUUACGCAAAUAGAAAUUUGGUUCCGUUUUAUCUUUUUGCUCUUCACCUUUAUUGUUAUUUGCUGGUAUGCACAUACCCUACGCAAAUAUCCUGUCUACGACUGGUCCAUUGAGCAGAAAUGGCUUUCCGUGCUGCUGCCACUGCUGCUGCUCUACAACAAUCCAUUUUUUCCGCUUAUUUUCCUUAUGAACUCAUGGCUGCCUGGCAUGUUGGAUGCAGUGCUGCAGGCCACAUUUCUGUCGGCGCUGCUCAUGUUCUGGCUCUGCAUUUAUCAUGGCUUGCGUCAGAAUGAACGUCGCUUUGUUAGCUUCUAUCUGAUCAAGAUUAUGGUGGUGCUGCCCAUAUGGCUGUGCGCCAUUGUCUUGGCUACUUGGGAGAAGUGCAAUGAGCUGCGUGAUCCUACCUACAGUCACUUUGUUGAUACCAAAAAUUAUAACGGUCUUAAAACCUUUUUCUACAUUGCCUGCUGCAUGUAUGUGAUCUACUUGGGUUUGCUGUUACUCCGCGCCUACACAGAGCUGCGCUCAAUGCCCUACUUUGAUGUGCGGUUAAAGUUUCUAACGCUACUGAUGCUUUUUGUGCUGUCCAUAUCCAUAACAGUGACCACUAGUCGCUUUGGCUUUGGCAUACUGGAGGAUAACUUUGUGGCCAAUCUGAAUACAACGUACCGCAGUUCGGCGCAAUUUAUGUGUUUCUAUGGUCUGUUGAAUUUCUAUCUGUACACCAUGGCGUAUGUGUAUUCUCCAGAUGGUCGCUUUGCGCAAGCGGAGCUAGCUGUAACCAAAGAUAAUCCAGCCAUUUCCAUGAUUGAUGACUCCGACGAGGAUGUUGUCUAUGGCUCCGAUGAGGAGUCACGUCGGCCCCUUAACUCUAUGGCCGGAGCUGGCGGCAAGAACGACUACGAUAGCGAUUAACCAGCCAUAUUUUAAACGUUACUGUUCCAUUUGUACAAAAUAU